AUGAAGGUUCUGAUAGCCACGAUGUCGUUGCUGGUGGCUCUGGCAAGUGCCCAGCAGCAGUUGAUUGAUCCUUACUUCAAUGAAGGUCUUGUGCAGUACGCCGAUUGGCAACCGAACUUGGUGAACUCUUACGGUCUGCCGCAGUUUUUGCCUGCUCAACAGUUUCCCUUGGUUCCGGGUGCUUCACUUCCACCAGUUCCGGUUCCCUUCCCGGCUCAGCUUCCACUUCCUGUUCCCUAUCCUGCACAGUUACCCUAUCAGCUGCCAGUUCCAGUGAGACCGCAGCUCCAACAGCAACCGCAGCAACUCCAGCUUCCUGGACAGGUACAGCUCGUGCGUCACGGACUCCCACACUCUGAUGCGGCCGCUGUGUCCUAUUCCUCGCUGCACUACUCCAACGGCAACCCACAGACACCGCAGACGACAAACGUGGCCACACCCGGUACUACGCUGCAGACACCACCAGUGGCGCCCUCUACCGGUGUUGCUGUAGCUCCUGCGACGCCCACCCUCACCGGUGACAAGCUGCCCGUGGUGAAGGACAUCGCAUCCUUCGGCACGGAGUACGGAACUGGCAAUGACAAAGGACCAGUUGCCAGGUACGAAGCCAUCAACGCCGGUUCCGUCCAUGUGGCGCCACUGCCGGGUCACACCGUCGAUCAGAAGCUGGUCGCACCCGGUACCGUCGAUCAGAAGCUGUAG